CUUGGAGCACCUCAUUUGCCAGGCCCUAAGGGGAAAGGGUUUAUAAGUAAUAAAGAAAAGGGUCCCCCUCCCACUUACAUGUUGUUUUUUAAAUCUGUUGAGAAUUUGUGAACUGUCCCUUUAACUGAGAUUGGGCUUGUUAGUUGGAGGAAUCCAGAUGUGCGUCAGAUACUCAUAAUUGCAAGAGAGGAGGAAGGGAGGAAACCAGAGCCUCGCACAUCAGGAAGGAUCCAGCUGAAACAACUGUAUCAGAACUGUCUAUCAGUAGGUCUGGGCACUUUUAAAUUUCACACAAAUGAGACUGCUGUACUGACCUACCAUGUUGCUGAUCUCACGCAAGCUGAGCAAAAAAUACAAAGCAAAGUGCUUCCUUGUCCAAAGAAUUUUCCUGUGCUAGAAACUAUCACGGAAGCGACGUCCUCAGUGGAACAAUGAGGGACAAGAAGAUGAUCAGCCUUCCAGCAAAAUUAAUAAAUGGAGGUAUAGCAGGGCUUGUGGGGGUCACCUGUGUCUUCCCCAUUGAUUUAGCCAAAACCCGCCUCCAGAACCAGCAAGGACAAGGAGUCUACACUGGAAUGCGGGAUUGCUUGGUGAAGACAAUUCGCUCAGAAGGGUUCUUCGGCAUGUAUCGAGGAGCCGCUGUAAAUCUGACUCUGGUCACUCCCGAAAAAGCAAUCAAACUUGCAGCCAACGAUUUCUUCCGACAGUUGCUUGCCCAGGAUGGAAAAGAGUUGACGUUGGUGAGGGAGAUGAUUGCUGGCUGCGGAGCUGGGACUUGCCAAGUGGUGGUCACAUCCCCAAUGGAAAUGUUGAAAAUCCAACUCCAGGAUGCUGGACGGCUAGCGGCUCAUCAGCAGAAGGCAUUGAGACAGGAUGGACCUGCUGCUCCCACCAGCCAUCCACCACCUGGACAGCCUAAUGCUGCUGAGUCCACGGCAGCCUCCAAACGGCCCUCUGCCACUUUGAUUGCCAGAGAACUCCUGCAAACCCAGGGACUAGCAGGCCUGUAUAAAGGGCUGGGGGCCACCCUGCUCAGGGAUGUGCCCUUUUCCAUUAUAUACUUCCCCCUCUUUGCAAACAUCAACAAGCUGGGGCAGAAGCCUCAAGCAGAAAAAGCUUCCUUCUUACACUCCUUCAUGUCCGGCUGUGUGGCAGGAUCCGUGGCUGCAGUGGCAGUGACCCCGUUGGAUGUUCUAAAAACCCGGGUUCAAACGCUCAAGAAAGGCCUAGGAGAGGACACCUAUAAUGGGAUCGUUGACUGUGCCAGGAAGGUCUGGAUCCACGAGGGCCCAGCUGCCUUCAUGAAAGGGGCCGGAUGCCGUGCACUGGUGAUAGCUCCUCUGUUUGGCAUAGCUCAAGGGGUCUAUUUUAUUGGCAUUGGAGAAUACAUUUUGGGAUUCUUUCACUAGUACCUGUUCCAGCUGAGCUGACUCCUGAUCAAGGCUGCACAAGUUGUCUAAACUGACUGUUGGAAAAGCAGGACUGUCCUGUGAAUGUUUGAGAGACCAACUGUAAGCAAGACACAAGGCUUCUCCUGCCCCGGGAAGAUGGUGCUUGGUGCUACAUCAUUAUGAACGGCAUCGUUCUGUUUUUAAUAACAAACUUCCUGGUCAUUAGAGAUGGUUAGUUGGCAAACUCCUUGUGCUGCCAUCUUCUGUUAAUGCUUGAGUAAAUGCCAUUGCGCUUCUUUAUACUUCUGCAGAAAUGGGCAUGGGACCAGAAGCGCUUUUCCUCCCCUCUGCUUGGUCUUUAAGCGGACAGAAGGCUGUUCUUCAAAACGAGAUUAUCUAGGGUUUGGUCCUUAAAAGAUGGUAUAGGACAGCAGAGCUCUCUGAGGCUGACACAAAUCAUAUGAACAGCUUCCCUUAAUGGGUGGGUGCUAAUGUGAUGUCUAUGGGUGCCCGAGUGUUUUAGAAAGUGGAGGGGGGGCUGUUGCCCAGCAGGGAUUGACCACUGGAGAUUCAAUUGGCUGUGCAAGACUGUCAUUUUAGGGGCAGCUGCCACCCCAGCAUUGUCUUCAUUUUCUUAACUCUUCUUUCUCGGUAUAUUUUUAAAAUUAUCCCUCAUCGCCCCUGCAUUUGGGCUUGCUCAGUGUGGCUGGCUCCACUUCCUGCAGCAGCCAUUUUGUGUUUGCAGCCACCGUCGUGUCAGAAUUCCAAAGGUGCCCACAGGCUCAAAAAGGUUGCGGCCCCUUGCAUUAAUGAAUGCUGGGCAAAUCUUACAGCUGUUGUUGCAUGAAACAUUUAAAGAGCACCUGCCCUUUUAGCCAUUUGUUAUCCUUUAGCUUUUAUAGAGUUUAUGCUGUUCUGCUGCCUUUCUUUUUAUUGCCCUUUUUCUAAAAAAUGGGGUAGAAUGAGAUAAUGCAAUAGUAAUUGCAUGGGAACCAUCAGUGGUUAAAUAGUAAUUUAAGGGCUUGUUUGUUGUAAGCCUAAACUCUCAUACCCCAUAGAUACUAAGAUGGUCAGACAAGAUUAGGUUCUUAAAGUGAUCUUUUCCUUUGCAGUAUUGUAAUAUCCCACAGAAGUAAUUGGAGCAAAUCAGUGACCUUACAUAGCUCCUCUAGAGGCAAUAUACAGGUAUUCAAAUUCAGGAUGAAAGAACUAUACCCUUAGGCUGUUUGAAGUGUUGGUAUUGGUGUGCUGAACAAGGAAAGCACCAAUUCUAAAUAAAAACAUACACAAACGAUAGAGCUGUGAAUAAUGCAGUAAGAAUUAUGCCAUAACUGAGGUUUCUUCUAAAGGAGUUACCUUCUACCAUGCUUGUUUGCUCAAUCCUUUGUCUAUUUUGACUAGAGAUGGGUCAGGUCUUGAUCAAAGUCUCUGCUAACCCUCCUAACCGGUGCUCUUUCCACGUGGACCUCCUGCAUGUAGUUUCUGUUACUGAGUUCUUGGCCCUCCUGUAGCAGGUUAUGACUAUAAGCUACGUGCACAAAAAGUACACUCAUUUUAAGUACUACAUUAUGGGACCAGAGCUGUCGUCUCACACUUUGACUUCUUACAUUUCUGUUCUGGAAUGUUCCCUGUAUGUUUUCAUAGAAACCAAGGAAAGAUGCUUUCUUUAACAGCUUGAAUCAAUCUGCUAAAAGUUCCGCUUUUAAAGGAGAACCAUUUCAUAAGAGAAAUAGAAUUAUUAUUCAAUAUUACUUGGCUCCUUGAACAAAGAAACAGAAGAGUUGCAUUUCCUCACAGAAGAGGAAAAAAUUUUGAAAUGCUACUUCAGUAUUACAGAUAGGGAAUUGUUCCAUCGGAGUCCCUAACUCUUGGAAUAACAGUAGGAAGAGUUAUGAUCUGAAACAUUGUCAAAAGCUGUGUGUUCUUUGGUGUGUGGGGGGGGGGGCAGGAUUUCUUUCAUGUUCUUGUUUCCUGGGUUUUAAUAGGUGAAGUUGGGGUAGCAGUAUUAGCGGAGAAGGUACUAUUUCUGCUAAUUUCCAAUAAAACCUUAACAAGUAAGA